AUGUACGGACAUGUGUUCUCACGCAUCAUACAAAGCGCGCGGUGCCAGCGCUUCAUUUCAACAGAUGCAUUAGCGAAGCAUAAAGCAGACUAUAGACGGAACCGUAAAUCGCGCCAUUUCGUUGAUACCCUUCUGGUGCAGGUUCAUGCGGGGCACGGCGGCGAUGGAUGUGUCUCGUUCCAUCGAGAAAAAUUUGUACAAAUCGGUCCUGCUGCUGGUGGAAACGGCGGCACAGGAGGUAACGUAUAUCUCCGAUGUGAUCCAACGAUACACUCCCUAGCGCGUGUCUCGAAACGAGUCGCUGCAACCAACGGUACGCAUGGCGAAGGAGAUUGGCUGCAUGGACGAAGCGGUACCGAUGUAACUAUUCAUGUUCCUGUCGGCACCACGGUUCGAAGUCUCGGGCAAAUCUUGAACGAGAAAAGUGCAGCUGCACAACCAUACUUGAACUAUCUUUUCUCGCCUCAAGCUCGAAAAUCCCUCACAAUUGAUUUGGAUGAAACGCCAGAGAUCGCUGCUUCGCGCUCGUCCGUGUGGCGACACUUCCCACGUUUCGAAGAAGACAAUUAUGAAAGGCAGCAUUUUCGUGCUGCAGAAGAGAAACUGCUACGUGAGCUACGAGCGUGGUCCAAGCACAAAUCCCAUGUCCCGUCAGUGGCAUCACAAUCCUGCAUGACAAACUUGGAACCUUAUGAGGUCUCAGAUAUACGGGCUGAUGCCGGCUGGUGUAUGGACAUGGACCUACCAACGCCACCAGAGGACCGCGGGAUACUGCUUGCCCGCGGUGGUGAAGGAGGGCUGGGCAAUCCACAUUUCCUACUAGAGAAAUACCAUGCGCCUAAAAUUGCUACGCAAGGUAUGCCGGGAGAGUCGCUACUUCUUUCCUUGGAAUAUAAGCAGCCAUCCGAUAUCGGCUUGGUCGGUUUACCGAACGCUGGGAAGAGUACGCUUUUGCGUUGCCUAAGUCGAGCUGAUGCCGAGGUGGGAUCAUACAGUUUUACGACGUUGAGCCCGAACUUUGGUGUCAUGCGAUUCGGCCCCGACGGCCACAUGUUUUCUCAAGAUGACAGAAAUGAACAUGAAAUGCAACGUCUUACAGUGGCAGAUAUGCCAGGUAUCAUCAAGGAUGCCUCAAAAAACAAGGGUUUAGGUCAUGAAUUUUUGCGUCACAUUGAGCGAUGCAGUAUGCUUGUCUAUGUUAUAGACUUUGGACCAACCAACCCUCGACCAUCAAGUGAAGUCCUCAUUCUUAACAGGGAACUGGAGCAAUAUCGACCUGGACUCAUUGAUCGUGUGGCUUUGGUGGCCGCAAACAAAGCUGAUCUACUAGGUGGUACUCACAAUCCUUACACUGAAGAGGAUGCACGAGAAAAACUCUUACGCUUUCGCCAAGACGUGGACAUGAUUUUUGAGCCCCGCUCUGUCCCAGUGAUCCCCAUUUCGGCCAAGCAUCAGCUCAACAUAGACCGCAUGGCGAAGCACCUGCAAUCUCGAUGUACAUUAUAA